AUGAAGAAAGUUUGCGGUUUCACCAUGGCCGGUACGAUUCACAAGGCCAUCGAUUUCGAUGCCAAGCGGAGUAGGGCCGAGAUUUCCCCGCAUACGACUUGGGAUUCUGCCGGCAUGUCUAACGGGCUUAUCCAGGACCUGGCCACUGCCGUUGUGUAUCGGUUCAUCUGUCAUAAUAUUUCUGGAAAAAAAGAGGCGAAUAAAGUCAGUAAGGUCGAGAUUUUUCUCCUUUGGACAAUGCGUGCUGGAGUGCGAGUGUGUUCUAUGACCUUCCUACAUAACACCUUACAUGAGAUUGCCCUCACUCGGCGUGGAACACCGGAACUUGGGCAUUUUGUUACCGCACUCGUCCACCACUUCGAAAUCACUCCAGAAGCCUACCGUUUACAUGAGGAGAUUGGGCUUCAAGACAGGACUGAGAUGCGAUGUAUCAAUUAUAAUGAGCUCAAGCAGGCUGACCUUAUUAAGGACCGGACAACAGCUAAGGAGUAUAUGAAGCGUAAUGCUUAUGACACCUAUUUUAAAAAGCUCCAGCAGAAUCAGCCUAACUCCGAUCAGGCAGGGUCGUCUCGGCCAUCGACGGCGGGAGACGAGAAUGAGCAGAUGGAUGUUGACGAUGACCAUUUCCUUCCGCCUCCACCCGCCCGCCUCGACGUUUUUACGCUCUGUUCGCAAAUUGUUCUGACGCCUCAAAGUUCUUUCCCUAUAACAGGUGAGCCUUUCUAUUUUCAGGCUAGUUCGACCCCGGUGGACGAUUUUUACCGAGAGCAUCUAUCUGCGCUUCAAGUUGAUAAAAAGUUGAGUGCCCAACAAACUGGACAAGGCCACAAACACCAGCUUCUGGCAACCCAGACUGUGCUCGGUGGAGCAAUGAGCCGAGAGUGCUCUGCUAUGGCUGCGACCGACUGGAAGAGAGUUGUCGUUAUAAACAUCGUUUUCCUUGUGUUCUUAAUCAUUGUUUACUCGGUUGGGUGUUGUGCGUUUAGGAACAACCGGGAGGACAACAGUGCCUGGAAACGUUAUCCUUGA